CGUGCGCAUGCGCAGAGCCGAGAUUGAGCGCAGCCGACGACACGACUUCACUCCUGUCCUCCUCCACUGACUGCUCGGACGAUCGAUCACCAGAUCAACACACACAACCGCCAUCAUGUACGCUGCCAGGCUCGCCCUCCCCGCCGCAAGGACUGUUGCUGUCAGGAGCCAGGUUGUGGCCCGCCCCAUGGCUGUGGCCCCUCUGACCCGCAGCUUCCAGACCACCACCACCUCCAAGGACAUUGACUCUGCUGCCAAGUUCAUUGGUGCUGGCGCUGCCACUGUAGGAGUAGCAGGAUCUGGUGCUGGAAUUGGUUCCGUCUUCGGUUCCCUCAUCAUUGGCUAUGCCCGCAACCCCUCCCUGAAGCAGCAGCUCUUCUCUUAUGCCAUUCUGGGUUUUGCCCUGUCUGAGGCCAUGGGUCUGUUCUGUCUUAUGAUGGCCUUCCUGUUGCUUUUCGCCUUCUAAAUGCAAUGCAACACCUCACUCUGUGGAUGGACGCCCCUUUACCAUCGGGCAGUGGAAAGGCCGGCAUGGUUUUUGUGGACCACUUCCAAAUGCUUAUUGGGCUGAGACGAGAAUGACCAUCAUAAUUAAUGAUAGGCUUUGGAGUAUCCUUUUUGUCCAUGUCGACUUUCCCACUAGGAGAACUUCCCCAGUUUCAAUGUGUAUAUAAGGUCUUAAGUUAAGGCUACUCUUGUCUUGUUGGCACACAUGUACCCGAGUAGGCAAUGUCAAAACUUAAUGGUAUAGCCAUUUAUUGCCAAGAGUCAGUUACACACAAGGGUUUUCUCAUUGUGUACAGAUUCCAAUGUAUAGAAAAUUUAUAAUUAAAAAUAAUAAUUUAC